GCGAAUAUGAAAAAAUAUGGCAAAGCUGUAUGGAGUCCUUCCUUGAACCUGCUGUCAUGAUCAUCGAAGCCAUAAACCAGGGACUCGAACACGCGGCGCUACAGCUUGAGAUCAUUCCUCCCCCUGGAAAGAAGGGCCAUCUCAGAUGGUUCUCACAUGCCACUCAAAGCACCAUGUCAGCAGAUGUUGAAUCCGGUGGAGAUGAGAUCAAGCCAGGGAACCCAGCAUUCUCGAAGAUGCUCGAGCAAAAAUUGGCAGAUUUCUUGGCGAGAAAGUCUGAGUAUCUGGAUGUAUGGGCGAACAGCAGAGGCCUGACGAAAGAACAACUCGAGAAAAUGCAGACUCAGGACGAGUUCGAUGGGGAUAGAGAGAAAGCCCCAUUCAAUCACCAUACGCCACGAAAUCGGAAGCAGUUGUACUUGCUCUUGUAUAUGCAACACAUGCUUUAUACAGCCGGGAUAUCAGUGCUUCAACUGUGCAAGUUCUCCGACGACAUCAUUGCCGCAGGCAUCAUGUCUAAGAGCGGACCCAUAAUUCCUCCCCUUAUCACCCUAGUCAAAUGGUUCUCGGCCAUAUUUGAUACAGCGGAUGCAACUCUGCCGGACGAUGAAAGACCAAGAACUAUGAAGGAGCAAACCCUGCUAUUCGGUAUUGCUGGCAAAGUCACACGCAAUAUCGAGCACCUUCCACCGCGGAAUGCUUACGAGCGGUUGGGUGUCUGCAUCAACAGGUUUCAGCAAUUUCUCAGAGGUCCAGAGUUCAGCUUUGGCUUCAGAUCAGCAUGUGCAACCAUGUCUUGUGCUAUCCUAGCUUAUCUGCAUCAAACACAGGAGAUAUUUACCCAUUAUCGUCUGAUUUGGUCCGUUAUUAUUUCUGCUAUUGGGGCCAAUAUGUCGGCGGGGCAAUCCGGAUUGUCGGAUGUCCUUCGCAUUCUUGGCUCAUUUGCGGCAUUGAUAAUAUGUUAUGCUGUUUGGUAUAUUCCAAAUGGGCAUGUUGCUGGUGUGAUCGUCAUCAUGUGGUUGGCAUCUUUCUUCCAGAUGUACUUCCUCAUCAGAUGGCCCAAAUACAUCAUAGGAUGGCUCGUUAUUCUUAUCACCGAAGUCCUGUCUAUCGGCUACGAGCUUCAGGUCAAGAAGAUAGGCAAGGUCAACGCUGAGUCUACAGGUAUUUAUGUGUUUCCUCCAUACUAUGUCGCAGCUCUCCGUGUUGCUUGCGUGUUGUGGGGCACAUGUGCUUCCAUUUUCUUCACAUACCUUCCAUAUCCAAUCACGGCCAGAGGACUUCUUCGCAAGGACAUGGCGGUGGUAAUUCAACUACUCGCCAAUUAUCAUGCCGUUGUUCACUCCACGAUAAAAGUUCGCCUCCUGGGGAAGGAAGGUGAUGUAUCGGAGAAGCAUAGUCAUGGAGAUAGGAUGGCACGUACGAGAAAGGCUAUGUUCAACAAAAUCAUGACACUGAGCGUGUCGAUCAAUCACAAUGUUUACCUUCAGAAGUACGAGCCUAGUCUGGGAGGUCGCUUUCCCGUGGCAAUAUUCAAGGACAUUAUCUCACAGCUCACAAAUCUUUUGGAUCUCAUCUCCCUACUUUCCUACUCAACCCAAGUCUGGGAAGUCUCCGGCGUCACCAAAUACUGCUUCGCUCACAGCCCCGAGAACGCCAUGUGGCUAUCCGACCUCUCCAAGCUAAUUGAGCCCAUCAACCCAAUCGAAGAAGGAAUCACCUCCAUUCUCUGCCAACUAUCAACAGCCGUCUCCACCGGUCGAGCUCUUCCGCCACAUAUGAGAACGAAAACUCCGUACCGACUUUCGGAACGCCUGAGGACGCUGGAUCCGGAGAUUUUACAUCUAGAUCAUAUGCUGGAGCCGGGAUACUCAGCGCAUGCAGUUAUGGAGAUCAUUUCGAGCAUGGUUACGUACAAGAUUGACCGGCUUGUAUCAACGGUUGAAGACUUGGUGGGCGUUAUCAGUUUUAAUUUUGGACAGGGGGGUGAGGAAGGGCAGGGGAAAACAGAAUGAAUGCAGUCUCAUCACUCGAUUCAGAUAGGAUCAAUGGUCACGUGAUUGACACCGUCACCAUUAGAUAUCGUGGAAGUUAGUCAUCGACGGACUGAUGAAGCACAACAUUCUCAAUUUCAAGGCAUCUCGGGCUUGUGUAGCUUCUCACAAAGUACACCCAGCCGCCACCAACAUGUUCUGGCUCAGAUGUGCAACAAAAAACUUUAGAAUUGACAAUUAGCUCCAUCCCCCACCUCUUUUCGUACACCGUAAUUCACUUUAUUUUGAUGUUUAUUUCUCCUUUUUCUUUUCUUUUCUUUUCUUAUUUACAACCUCUCAAAAACACAACUUUUUUCAAUUACCAUUAUCCAUCCUUUUAUCACAAUUCCUAAAUUCCUAUUUAUACAUUAUCAAUUUUAAUCCCAUCUGAUCAUAUCAAACUGUGCUGACAAAGUGAGAUAGAAAAAAAACUGCAAAAAAUUAAUUUAAACAUGAGAUUCAGGAAUUCUGAAUGAAUGAACUCUCUGACGGGGAGUCGAACCCCGGUCUCCCGCGACUUGCAAUGUUAUUGACAAGCGGAAAUCAUGACCGUUAGACCAUCAAAGAUGUUGUUUGAUUGUUGAAUUAUUGGCGAUGGGGUGGAGUUCUAAAUAUAUAUUGCA